AUAAAAACGUUUGCCCUUCUGAGUAAUGAAAACAGUCAGUUAUUGUACUCCAAUAUGGAGAGACCAUCGUCGUCCGCCAUGCAAAUGCUCUAUGCAGAGCUGGCCGCUGUUAAAUCACAGAAUUCACGACUAGAGGAAGAGAAUCUUCUGCUGCGUCAUAGAUUAAAUCGUGUUUCUACUGAUCAGCAUACCAAUUCCUCCGUGCAAGUGGAGGCCAAGAUCAAGGCCUUUCAGAUGGAGGAAGAACGCGAUAACAUAUUAGACACGUUGCAGUUGCACAAGAAGAAGUACAACAAGUUGCACGAUGCAUAUCUGGAAAAGAUAAAACGUUGCAAGGCGCUGGAAGAUAUGUUUAAAAAGCAAAAGACACUUACUGGUCUUGUUAUGAAAUCAGCUGUAGAACAGAGAAAUUCUGAGCAAAAAAUGAUGUUGGAAAAGCGACAGUCAAAGCAGAGCGAAAACUGUGAUGUAGAGUUGCAACAGUUGCAAGCGAAGCUGGCAAAGAUGCAAUCGGCGCUAGACGAGUCCUAUGACAUUAUUGAUGAAAUGGACUUUGAGCUGGAGAGCGUUGAUUUACUGGAAAUGCAGAAUCAAAGUUUGCGUGAGGAACUGGCGGCAUUAAAAACGCAACUAGCGACUGCUUCACAAGCUGAUAUCGUGGAUGAUCCACCACCCAAAUAUGAGCCAGAAGAUACUGUUGCUCGAGAAGCCCGCCGCGAGUAUCGUCGGAAUGUUGCCUCCUCAUGUAACAGCGAUUAUUUUCUCAAGCACGAUGAUGCCGAUGCAGAUUCAUUGGAACGCGCCGCCAUGACACACAGCCUUAUAAAAACUGUCGAAGCAGAGAGCAAUUGCCUGAGACGGGAGCUUUUGCGCUCACGUUACCAACGCACAGUGCGCGCCAAAUUGGAUAAAGAGGAGGAGCAAGAGAAGGAAACAGUUUAAAUGAUUUAAACUUAUGAUUCUAACAUAUUCUUAAGUGGAUUAAUGAUUUCAAGUGUUGACUGAAUGUCAAUAAUACA